GAAAGGCAAGCUCAUUCCUUCUGUUUCCCCUUUUCCUCGGCCCGUUGUCAACCGCGCAAUCCCGGAUUCGCCGCCGCCCUAUCGUCCCGGUCCGGUUGGAACAAGAUUCCACACAAAAUUGGCGAUCUUAAUGGUGGUAUUAGUGAUGGUUUGUUUCAUCAUGGGAUAUUUUUGCGGUGACUUGAGGGAUUGGGCGGAAAGGAGAAUUCAACGCCGGAACUGGGAUUCCUCUACAAAUCUCAGGGGACGAUCUAGGAGUUUGACACGUGGACUCGACUCAUCGGUGAUUGAAACUUUCCCGACGUUUCUCUACUCGACGUUUAAAGGAGUCAAGACGGGGAAAGCCACUCUCGAAUGCGCUAUUUGCUUGAACGAGUUCGAAGACGAGGAAACGCUGCGUUUGAUACCCAGAUGCAGUCAUUUGUUCCAUCAUGAUUGCAUCGACGCUUGGCUCUAUGCUCAUUCCACGUGUCCAGUUUGCCGCACCGAUCUGGUGCUAAAAUCCAACGAGACCAUCACCGUCACCCCGAUUCAGGGGGUUACAGAAGUAGGAGUUUAGGGAGGAAUUAAUUCGUCUAUGAAAAGCUGGAUCAGUGGGGGACACCUUUUUUUCUAAGACCCAUUUGUUUUGUUCACCGAGAU